AACAAUACCGCACCUACAUUAAGUCAAAUAGGCCUAACGUUACAUACAGAAACAAUUUGAGUGUGCAAAAAAUUAGAUGAAGAGCCUCCCUUAUUAGCAGACGGUGACAUUUACAUUGUGUCCCGCCUACAAGGCGUGGAAUUGCGUCUCGUUUCCAAAAGUAUUUCACUGGAGAGAGAGAGGGAGCGAGAGAUUUAUUGAGAGAACAUCAUCAAUGGCCCAGUUACAGGGUGAGUAAAUCUGAGCAUCGACAUACGGUAGCAGCGAAGAAGGCUACAGUAAAAUCAUACUGCAGUUUCAAAGUAGAGCCAGAAAGCAUCAGGACCAUCAUCUAAACAGCCGCCCGGAGACAGGCUCCAUCAUGACUGCAAUGGAGGAGCAGGCAGAGACUGGCUGCACGACUGAAUAACACUGGCCGCCUUUUGAGGAAUAACCCUGGUACUGACUGUAAUCCGAGUGAGGGAGCUGACUCACUGGUUUAUACAGCAGAACUGAGACAGGGAUUGAGCCCCUCAACACUUCUCCAUUAGGGUGCUGCAAGAAGACAGCCAUGCCGCCCCCAGCCGACAUUGUGAAGGUUGCUAUUGAAUGGCCUGGUGCUAAUGCUCAGCUUAUAGAGAUGGACCAGAAAAGACCUUUGUCCUCAAUUAUACGGGAAGUAUGUGAUGGCUGGUCUUUAUCAGGAUCCGAGCAGUUUGCUCUGCGUUAUGCUGAUGGCCCUCAACUUUAUAUUACUGAGCAGAGCCGUGGUGAAAUCAAGAACGGGACCAUCCUUCGAUUAGCCAUUUCCCCUGCUCGUGCUGCUCGUCAGCUUUUGGAAAGAAUCCAGUCCCACGGCAUCGACGCUCGCCUGGAGGCUCUGAAAGAGCUCGCCAAGCUGUCUGCAGACCCGACCUUUGCAGCGGAGUUCAUCAAUAUGGAGGGCAUUGGGACGCUCGCACGUCUUGUUGAGAGUGGCACCCACUUUGGUGAAAUGCUGGCCUUCACUCUCACUGCUUUCCUCGAGCUAAUGGAUCAUGGCAUUGUUUCCUGGGACCUUAUCUCUCUCUCCUUUAUCAAACAGAUUGCAGGCUAUGUCAACCAGCCGAUGGUGGACGUGUCCAUCCUGCAGCGUUCUUUAGCUAUCCUCGAGAGUAUGGUCCUCAACAGUCACAGCCUCUACCAUCGAGUGGCACAGGAGAUCACCGUGGGACAGCUCAUCGGGCACCUGCAAGUGUCAAACCAAGAGAUCCAAACCUACGCCAUCGCUCUCAUCAACGCUCUUUUCCUGAAGGCACCAGAGGACAGACGACAGGAGGAGUAUACUAACCCACUGGAGCAGCACCUUACUGAAAUGGCAAGCACUUUGGCUCAGAAACACCUGCGUUCCAUCAUCCUAAACCAUGUUAUCAGAGGAAAUCGACCAAUCAAAGCAGAAAUGGCACAUCAGCUGUAUGUGCUACAGGUGUUGACCUUCAACCUUUUGGAAGAACGAAUGAUGACCAAAAUGGAUCCCAACGACCAGGCUCAGAGAGACAUCAUUUUUGAGCUGCGAAAGAUAGCUUUUGAUGGAGAAAACGACCCCACCGGAACAGAAAAGAGAAAGGCCAUGUACUCCAAGGACUAUAAAAUGCUGGGGUUCACUAACCAUGUGAAUCCGGCCAUGGACUUCACCCAGACUCCUCCGGGAAUGCUGGCUUUGGACAACAUGCUGUACCUUGCCAAGGUUCACCAGGACACAUACAUCAGGAUUGUCCUGGAGAACAGCAGCCGUGAGGACAAGCACGAAUGUCCCUUUGGACGCUGUGCCAUCGAACUCACUCGAAUGUUGUGCGAGAUCCUCCAGGUUGGAGAAUUGCCUAAUGAGGGCUGCAACGACUACCAUCCUAUGUUCUUCACUCAUGACCGGGCAUGGGAGGAGUUCUUCUGCGUCUGCAUCCAACUACUUAAUAAAACGUGGAAGGAGAUGAGGGCCACAGCUGAGGACUUUAAUAAGGUGAUGCAGGUGGUCCGUGAGCAGAUCACCAGGGCUCUGGCGAUGAAGCCGUCAUCUUUAGACCAGCUGAAGAAUAAACUGCGAGGCCUCAACUAUUCAGAGAUUCUGCGUCUUCGCCAGUCAGAGAGAAUGAGCCAAGACGACUUCCAGUCUCCUCCCAUCAUUGAGUUGCGGGAGAGAAUUCAGCCCGAGAUCCUGGAGCUCAUCAAGCAACAGCGACUCAACCGGCUAUGUGAGGGGAGCUGUUUCCGCAAGCUGGGGAACCGCCGAAGGCAAGAGAAGUUUUGGUUCUGCAGACUCUCACUGAAUCACAAAGUGCUGCACUAUGGAGACCUCGAUGAGUCACCUCAGGGGGAAGUGCCUUUUGAGCUACUUAGUGACAAGAUCCCCGUGUCUGACAUCAAGUCUGUGGUGACCGGGAAAGAUUGCCCUCAUAUGAAAGAAAAAAGUGCUCUGAAACAAAACAAGGAGGUGCUGGAGUUAGCCUUCUCUGUCCUCUAUGAUCCCGAUGAGACACUCAAUUUUGUUGCACCCAACAAGUAUGAGUACUGCAUCUGGACUGAUGGGAUGUGUGCGCUGCUGGGAAGAGAGAUGGGCAGUGACCUGACGCGCAGUGACCUAGAUACACUCAUCAGCAUGGAGAUGAAGCUCCGCCUCCUUGACCUUGAAAACAUCACUAUCCCAGAAGCCCCGCCCCCCGUGCCAAAGGAGCCUAGCUCAUAUAACUUUACCUACAACUACAGCUGAGAUGUGUGUGUGUGUGUGUGUGUGUGUGUGUGUGAUUGUGUUUGUUUGUCAAGGAUGAGUAUACUCAAUCUUUUGAUAAAUUUAAGUUAAUAAGGAUACUUUGAAUACUUUUUUUUUUUAUAUUUCAAAACCCUGGAGACUUCUCUUUCCUUCAUUUGUGAUGCUGUAUGGUUAGUCAAACAGCAUACAUGUGUGAGGUCAGAGUCCACUACAGAGCAGUACCGGAGAUGGUAUAAUAGGAAUUGUGUGACUGAAUCUCAUUUAUCAAUGCAGUUUCUAGGCAACACCUUUCAAUUUUUGCUAUUUAAAGGUAUAAACGCCUGUAAAGUGAAGGAAUACUGUGCCUGAUGGGGAAUAUGGAUGAACGAAUAUAUUUUAGCCAAAUUAACUGGGCAGUCAAACUUUGAGUUUGGUCUUCAUGGCAACAGAAGAUGAAGUAGCUACUAUUUUUAGUUUUAAUAGUGCGUUCACUUUGUCCAGUCUGUCCCUCUACAUGACAAACAGUCAAACAUCACGUAGGGUAGAGUGUACACUCACACACUCCUGAAAUGAGAUUCAGCCAGCAGGAGGGAUACACACACAGGGGAUCAAACAAGUUUCUGGUGAAAGGACGUUUAUUUGAAUAGAGUCUGGUGGGUUUGGCGAUAGCGAGUUUGGUGAU